AUGACUUCUAUUGCUGACGAGAUCGAGUAUAAACUCGACAACGUUGAUGUCUCAACAGUGCGACCUGAAGACAUCGAUAAGACCUUCCGUUCAAAAUGCAUUGACCUCAUCUCCAGCUCCUUGGGCGGCAAAGUCCUUGGCUACUCUGACCAAUGGUUCUGUGAGGCUUCCAACCUCCUGAACCCCAGAGCCCCAAUUGCUCAGCCAGGCAAGAUGGUCUUCACAGGCGCUUGGUACGACGGUUGGGAGACUCGACGACAUAACCAAGAGCCAUUCGACUACGCCAUCAUCAAGCUGGGUGUCGCAUCUGGCACGAUCGAAGGAAUUGAGAUUGACACUGCCUUCUUCAACGGAAACCAUGCACCAGCUAUCUCAGUUGAGGGUGUCUUCAGCCAAGAUGAUGAUAAAGUUGUUUCUUGGGGAGGAGGUCAAGGAGAGUGGGAGACUAUUCUCGGCAUCCAAGAAUGUGGUCCUUCUCAACGUUUUGCUUGGAAGCUCAAGGCUCCUGGCCAGAAGCAAUACACACAUGUGAGACUCAACAUGUACCCCGAUGGUGGCAUUGCCCGUUUCCGUCUCUUUGGACACGCCGUCCCCGUCUUUCCCGAAGAUAAAGACGCCAUCUUUGAUCUUGCUGCGGCGCAAAACGGUGGUAUUGCUGUGUCAUGCAGCGAUCAACACUUUGGAACCAAAGACAACCUGAUCAUUCCCGGUCGCGGUAAGGAUAUGGGUGACGGUUGGGAGACAAAGCGAUCACGAGGAAAGGACCAUACUGAUUUCGCCAUCAUCAAGCUCGGUGCGCCUGGGUAUAUCGAGAACUGGGUUGUUGAUACUGCUCACUUCAGAGGUAACUAUCCGCAAAAAGUGUCAAUUGAAGGUUGUGAGUGGACGGGCCAUGGAGAUCCUGUCGCUGACGCCACGGCCUGGAGAGUCUUUGUUCCUCCUAGCAAGACUGGCCCUGAUCAAGAGCAUGAAUUUGAGAGCGAUGAGAAAGAAAAGAAGGGCCUGGUAACCCAUGUCAAGCUUAUCAUGAUUCCUGAUGGAGGAGUGAAGCGGUUGAGGGCUUUUGGCAGGCGAGCAUAG